AACAUAUUGCGUGUGAGUGCUCCGUCUGUUUCAUUUUGUGUUUCUGUCGUCUUGGGUUGGUUUGCAAACUCAACUCUAAAUACCAGGCGACAUCAUCAUCGUCAUGUUUUCUGUUGCGUUCGCCUUUCCCGUCUUUUCCGUUGUGCCGGAUUAUAAAUAGUUGUAUACCAGUGGCAGCCUGAACUUCCCAACGCCGCUCUCUGUGAAGGACAUAACACGCGAGUUCACCGCAAACUUACGUGAGCGCUGCAUUCUGCGAUCGCCGCAGCAGUUACAGCACACCGCAACCGCCUUUGUAGAUCCCGAGACGGGCUUGGUGCGUAUGGUGCUGUCACCUGUUGCCGUAGAAUCCGCCAAUGAGCCGAACGCUGCAGGCGUCGAUGUUGACAUCGAUGCUUGCGCUGAAGCCUCUUCCAUUGUCAUCAACGCCACCGCCACCGCUGCAGCUGAGAAGAAGCCUAGCUACUUGAACUUGGCCUGCAGCGUUAACGGAUACUCGAAUCUAACCACCUACGACUCGAAGAUCCGCCAAGACAUCAACAAGUCGCGCGAGGUCUCACCGAUCCGCCCCUCCACCAGUAGUCUGCAGUAUUGCAAGCGCAACAAUUCCCUGGCGGCCCCAAUCCUCAAUAGCAUGCCUGUCAUCAAACAGACCUGUACGCCCAGCAAGUACAGCCUGGUCGAGGGGCACAGUCCGGAGAAUGGAGCAGAUUCUGGUAUCGGCCAAUGUAAUGGCAGUGCCAAUGGACACGGCAGCGGCAGCGGCAAAAAUGGCUCAACUAGCAGCUUCAUAAAGCAGCGUGUGGAGCGCCUGUAUGGGGCAAGUGCUUUGACUCAGGGCUUCUACAGCCCCAAGAAGCAUGUCCGGGACAAUUCACCAUCCUCAUCGUGGGCGUCAAAGCAUCAGCUUGAAGUGGAGUGCCCGCAAAACUCUGAAUUGGCGCGCAAAUUUAAACAGCUCUCUCCCAGCAAAGACUACGGAGAAUUUCGGAAAAAGCUGCACAAUAACUGCUCCCAGACAGCAACGAUGCGACAGAUAGAGGAGCCUUCAACAGACAAAAACGGUGACGUGGACUUGCCUGUUUUCAGGCACCUAAGUCAUGAGUUCCGUGCCCAGUUACCCACGGUAUCGCCGAAGCGAAAUGUGCCGCGAUCCACAGCCUCUUUAGAGGUGAAUCUGGCUACUGGGGAACCACUGUCGGCACCAGCUGCUGUAGAUGUUGUUGACCACGAGCCCGUAAAAUUUCCCCAAUUGGAUUCAGAGCAGUAUGUUGGCAACACAACAAUUAUUACAGCCCCCCAAAUGGAAAAGGAUGGCAAUCAUUUUCUUAAAAUACUUAAAGGCGAACAGGAUCGUCUGCUUGCGCUGGCCGCCCUUGCUGAAAAGUACACAGACGCCUUGGCUAAUAAUCCCGCUAUCACAGAGGACACCUUUGGAUUGCUACGGUCGGCCUCUGGAAAGGCCCGUCUUUUGGCCUCGAAGAAAAUGAAACAAUUUGAAGGCUUAUGUCACAACAAUUUGAAUCCCUCACCAGAGGACACGUUUCCCACAACAGUGGAUGAUUUGCAAGGAUUCUGGGACAUGGUGUAUUUACAAGUGGAGCAGGUUGAUUCCAUAUUCGCCGAUAUUGAUCAGCUUAAAAUGAACGAUUGGAAGGACACAGCUGAACCGCCCACGGUAGAGACGGUGUCCACCAAAACGAUAAAAUCUGCAAAGACGGGAAAUUUGAAAGCGAAAACUGCCGGAUCGACUAACAAAGCAAAUGGAUCGAAAUCAGCUACAGCGAAUUCGCUGGCAGCACUGCGACGUGAAGCCCAGAGGAAGCAAUUGCUGGAGAUGAAGCGUCAGCGCCGUGAGGCCAUGGCCGCUGUGACAAAGAGUCCAACUGGCUGUGAUGACGCCACAGAGCAGCAGGGGGAAGGAAUCGGGGAGAGUUCUGCCUUUUUGGGCGUCAAGAACAGCAGCUAAGUAGUGCUCAUUGCCACCGGCAAUACAUGCUCUCUAGGUAUAAAUGUAUUUAAAUUUAACGCACUCACAAAUGUAAACCACACUCAUACUCGUACACUCAAACAUAGCAAGAACAUACUACAUAUGCUUAGAAAUUCCUAGUUGAAUUAAUCCUUAACUAGUCCCAACUAAAAUGCACAUGGUGGAGCUGAACUGCAUAAUUAUAGAGCUGUUGCAGCUGUGUGUUACAAGGUGUCACAAAUUUAGAGAUCACCAGCGGCCCGACUAAUUUUCUAGUGGGUCGAUUGAGCGAGCGCAACAUACAUCAAUACCGACAUUGAUGGGCUUGAUAGCGCCUUGAAUUGUUUAUAAAAUUUGCCUUAUCUGCGCUCGUUAAGCAACUUAGCUGUACGCACUCUAAGCUACUUGAUAUUGUUCAUGACAGUUAUAAAAGACAUUUAUUCUUGUGUUUUUACACAAGAAAUAGGUACAAAAGCAAACAAAAAACGCUAACAAACCCCUUGUAUUAGAGAAAUCCAUUUUUUAUAUUCAGUUUUUGAAAGUUACGAAUCUAAAUAAUGCACGGAUAAAUAUAUAUAUUUUUUUGGCAUAUUAACAGCUGCAUGUACUGAGAUUGAUUAUUCUAGUUGUGAAGUUGUGAAGCUGCAAAAAUACAGCACUCUCAAUCUCACUCUCAAUUAAUUUUUAAUAUUUUGUAAUAAAUUAUUUUUCACAUGUGGUA